CAAAAAUAAACAAAAAAAUGAUUACCUGCGUAAAUUAAUUUUUUGUAAAAUAACAUUUCUAAAUUCGGCAUCCAAUGUUUAUAUAAUUAUUAUUCUAAUAUUGUCAGUGCAAGGAAACUCGGUAAUCCUUUAACCAACUACACAUGUUUGAUAUCUACUGGAAAAAAAAUUUCAGUCCAUAAACUCCCCUCCCAAAUUUUAUAUUAUAUAUUUCGAUGGAAGAAAAAAGCUUCCAAGAAAUAGAUCUCAACAAUGUGACCCCUUCGAAUUAUAACAGUAAGAGUGAAGAUAAGCUUACUAAUUCAUACAUCUCCGAUAAACCUGUGAUAAACGAUUUUUCUCCGGAUCCACUAAAUGUCCAUAAGCGCGAAAAUAAUCCCGACCACUCCACAGCUCAAACCAAUGAAGCUAUAGUCAAACCCUACACCAAUAGUGCUACAAGUCAUUCAAAUAAUCCCGUAGUUAGCCGCGGUAACGGGCAAUUACAAACGGGGCUGAGAGAUCACAACGAUAAUGCUUCAGGUUGGUACCAAUAUGGUGUCGCAUCAGUAAAUAUGAUAAAUAAUGACAAUUAUGCACAUUACAACAAUCACAAAAGCCUGAUUAAAGACGGCGGUAGCCCUUAUGCAAGAGGUGAUCUGAUAGUGACUGUCUCACCCGAAAACCACUCCUGCGUAUGGGUAACCCCUGCCAAGUUCAAUGUGCACCGCGUGCCACCCGAAUUUUUAGAUCCCAAAUUAUCGAUAACUGCGGACGAUUUUAACAUGGCCAUGGAGUUCCUCACUAACGAUUACAGGUUUAAUUGCUACAACAUGUGUUACCGGAGGAUCAUAGUGUUUUGGCUCUUCUUCGGACUUUUUAUUUUGUUGGCCAUCUUGUUUUCAGGAAUGCGCGGUACCAUUUUGUUUGGCAUGGGGAUCGUAUGGUUACUCGUCAAUACUAUCGGUAUAUUUAUGUGCUUGCUCAUCAAAAAAAGGAUGAACAACAAUUUAGACGAUGCCGUUUCCGCCGUUAACAGAGUAUUUAUCAAAAAGAAUGUUCUAGCGGGAAUGGAGGACAAAGGCAAAAUUUCCUGUCACAAGAUAUCGCUACAUUUCGUGUAUUAUGAUAUGGAAAGUUGUAUGGGAGAAAUAAUUCGAGUAUUAGAAAAAAAGGGUCUUAAAAACAAGAUAUAUGAAAUUAGUAAUUCUAAAAUCAGAAAAUGCCUGAACCUCAAGAAUGACGAUUUCGAAGAAAUAAUUGAAGGCUCAACUAAUUACAAACUCAAUAAUUAUCAGAAUUACGCCGAAAAAAUAUUAUUGAGAAACUCACAAAGUUACGUUCGAAACCUGAUGAGAGGUCGUCUUACUAUACCCCAUCCCGAGUUGCCACAGUCUAAAACCAUAAGACAUGUCAAGGGAAACUUUUGCUUGUGUCAAUACGUGGAAGAUUACUAUUUAAUUAACAAAGAGAGGAGGUGGUAUAAUGUGUUUAUAUGAUAAAUAUAGAUUUGUUUGAGCUUUAUCAUAGAAUCUUAUAAUACUAAUGUGAAAAUAUUUUUUCCUUUCCGAAGGUAGUCUCGAGAAUUGUUACUUUUUUUUUAUCUAUCCAAUAAAGAAUCUCUCAUAGUCGGAGUUUCUUAAAUAAAUAAAUUUUUUAUAAUA